AUGCCACAACUUAAUCCUCACCCAUGAUUUAUAAUCUUUUUAUUUACAUGAAUUAUUUUCUUAACUAUUUUACCCAAUAAAAUUUAUAAACAUGUCUAUACUAAUAAACCCUCCAUUAAUAUUACAUUACCUAAACUAAAUAAUUGAAAUUGACCAUGAAUCUAA